CUCUGAACACGAAGAGAUUUCACUUGAAGCUAGGACAGAUCAGCAGCAAUGAAGUUCACGCUGUGCACAGUUCUGUUGGCAGCUGUUGCUACGGCAACGGGUGGCGUUGUCGAGCAGACGGCAGCGAAAGGAGAGAAGAAGCAGGACAAGAGGGGGCUGUUCGGUCUGGGGUACGGAUAUGGUGAGCUGGAUCACAGUUUCGGCGGGCUCGGCCUGGCCCACGAAGGAUACGUCAAGGCAAUUACCAUCACUAAGGAAGUCCCUGUACCUGUGCCCCAGCCAUACCCUGUCACUGUCGAGAAACAUGUGCCUGUCCCUGUGAAGGUGCCGAUUGCGGUCCCUGUAGACAAGCCCUAUCCCGUGCACGUCCCUAAGCCUUAUCCUGUCCCUGUGGAGAAGCCAGUACCUUACACUGUUGAGAGACCGGUCCCAUACCCAGUGAAUGUCCCUGUUAAGGUUCCGUACCCAGUGUCUGUCCCUGUGCAUGUCCCUAAGCCCGUUGCUGUCCCAGUGCCUAAGCCUGUUGCAGUCCCGGUGCCGCAACCUGUUGUGGUCCAAAAUCACGUGCCUCUUCUCCUCAAGGGACAUGAUAUCCUUGACGGUUUGGAUUUGGACGGGGGCUACGCGUUGGCUGGUUUUGACGAACACAUCGGCUUCCAUCACGGCUAAGUGACACUGCAAGAUGGCUGUCGACAGCAAACGAUUCAGGAGGCCCGCGUUCCAACUGCAUGCUGCCACAGAACCUCUGAACCCGACUUGC